AUGAAAGGAAGAGAACUCAUAUAUCAGAAUACUCUGUAUCUUGUGAAUAGCAUAGAUCUUUCAGACAAUAAUUUAUCAGGAAAGUUGCCUGAACUAAGAAAUCUUUCAAGACUAGGCACCCUAAACUUGUCCAUAAACCAUUUGACAGGAAAUAUACCAGAGGACAUUGGGAGCUUAAGUCAAUUAGAAACUCUGGACCUCUCAAGAAACCAGCUCUCUGGCCCGAUUCCACCAAGCAUGGUUUCUCUGACUUCCUUGAAUCACUUGAACCUAUCAUACAACAAACUAUCUGGUAAAAUUCCAACAAGCAACCAGUUCCAAACCUUCAAUGACCCAUCCAUAUACAAGAAUAACCUUGUACUCUGCGGGGAGCCUCUGCCAAUGAAGUGCCCAGGCGAUGAUGAAGCUACUACUUCCGGGGUGGAUAAUGAAGACCAUGAUGAUGAACAUGAAGAUGAGUUUGAAAUGAAGUGGUUCUACGUCAGCAUGGGGCCUGGGUUUGUGGUGGGAUUUUGGGGAGUUUUUGGCCCUUUGAUAAUAAAUAGGUCUUGGAGGCGAGCCUACUUCCGGUUCCUGGAUGAGAUGAAAGAUAGAGUGAUGGUGGUUAUCACACGUCUGCAAAAGAAAUGCAAAUGGGAAAGAAGACAACAUGGAACUUGA